GAUGAUGGUUUAACAAGCCCAAUUUGUCUAAAAACAAACACAUUUGCUAAAACCUCUGUUUCUGAGCCUAAUUUCCUCUUUUCAUGAGCGUCAUAUUUUGUUUGUCAUUUAACUUUUUGACUAUUGGACAUCUCUCUGUUGCUUUUUGUCCUGGAAAAAGAAAAAACCCAUUCCCCUAAUCCCAAAACACCCCACCGGCCACUAAGCUAGGGUAAAGCCAAGAAGAAGUAAAUUAAAAGAGCAAAUGGGUUUUCUUCAAAAAAGCUUCUUGCUUUCUACUUUAGGCUCAAUGGGCAGAUCUCUCUCCUUAAGCCUUCAUUUUGUUUCUUUUAAGUAAACCUGCUUUUUUGAAGUGGGUUUUUGGUUGAAUUGUUUCCUUAAUUUCUUCGAUGUGAAGUAAACGGGUUUCUGUGAAAAACAAAUGGGUUUGGAUCUGUUAGAAUAUAUAUAUAUAUUUUUGGCUAAUCUGCUAUAUUAAAUUGAUUCUAUACGUUGAAGAUUUUCAUUUCCUUUGCCUUUUUCCCCUUUCAAUCCCGUGAAUUUUGAUACCCUUGGAGGAAAAAUUGAGGUUUGUUGAGGGUCGUAGGCAGGAUGAUUCAAUUGUUGUUCUUGGUUCUUUUCGCUGAGGGUGUUGUGGCAUUCCUACUAUUGGUGAAGAUUGGGCCUCUUAGAGAGCUUGUGAUAAAGAGUUUGGAUCAGCUGAAGAUGGGGAAGGGUCCGGCCACCGUCAAAACCAUUGCCGGCACUAUGUCUGUCAUUCUCCUAUCGAGCCUCAUGAGCAUUUUCAAGAUCCAAAGUAAGGGUGCAAAGCUUGGUACAAUGUCUCCCAUGGAUCAGGUCCUCUGGAGAACCCACUUGCUUGAGGCUUCACUCAUGGGUUUUACCUUGUUUCUUGGAUUCAUAAUUGAUCGCAUGCACCAUUACCUCAGUAAACUCAUUAAGCUGAGGAGUAGUGUUGGUUCUUCAAAAGAGGAAGUUGAACGGCUUCAGAAAGAGAAAGCAGAGAAAGAAGAGAAAGCUUCUAAGGAACUAAAGCGGCUGCAGGAAGAAGUUUCUACUCUGUCAGAGAAUUUGAAGAAACUGAAGUUGGAAUCUGAAGAGAAAGACAAAGUAAUUGAAACAGCCGAAGCUCAUGUUGCUGCCCUCCAGAAACAAUCUGCUGAUCUACUUCUGGAGUAUGACCGCCUAUUGGAAGACAACCAAAAUCUUCAGAAUCAAGCUGUAGGAUACAGGAGCUGAGGAAAUUUUGAAAAACCCCAAAAUGUUUAGGAGAUUGUCUGUCUUCGGUGACGCUGGAAAACAGUAUCAAAAGCUGAUGAAAAUGUGAUUGGUUUUUUACAUGGUGAUAUUCUUCAAGAGGUGAAAGGUAUCAUUAAGUUGGGAAAGUAGAUCUGUCCAUGCGAUGUGGAAAGUUUUGUAAUUCUUCCUGAAUCUAGAAUUUUAGUUUUUUCAUCUUUUGUGUUGCACCAUUGUUGAUACAAAUGUUUGUUUCCAUAGUAAUUGAAUUUAUAAUGCGCAUGAAAACAGUUG